AUGAACACUGUCAAAUCCUUCUGGUUGGGCUGGGGCUCUCUCUGCGUCGCCGGUGGCGGUGCCUACUACUUCGCUAAGCAGCAAAUCAAUGCCGACCGUCAAGCCAAGAUGGACGCCCACCGCAGGAAGAUACAGAUGAUCAACAACUUGGAGGCCGAAGAGGGUGGCGGUCCUCCCCGCGACGACCACACUUACUCCCCAAGCACUGAGAUUGCUCAAGAUCCCGCUCCUACACGACAUGCGCCAGCGACCGAGGAUCAACGAAUCAACGAGAAGAGCAAGUACGAGAGCAGUUCGGUGUACCGGAGUCCCAAGGGUGACAGGUUCUCCUAG